CUUUCUUCUUGUCCCCCCAUUUUCUCUUCCUAAAACCUCCCCGGAAAUGCAGUUUUAACCCUUCAGUUUUCUUCAAUAGCUUUCGCCUUUUCCAUUUAUCGUCCUAUACUUUCUCAGGCUUUCACUAUGCUGAACAUUGAAGUUCCUGCUCACUUGGUUUGAAAUUAAUAGACGUUCUUCAAUUUUAAAUUGCUGUUGAUUUGAUGUGCAACUAGUACUUAUCAUGAGAAAUAGUGAAGAUGAUAAGCACUGCAAAAUUGAAGAAGCAUCGUCACAAACAAAGGACCAAAGUACCGCCCAUGUGUAUCCCGACUGGGCAAUGAUGCGAGCUUACUGUGGCCCCCAAUUUACUGUGCCGCCAUAUCUUAACUCAGCUGUUGUUUCUCCUCAUGUUCCUCCACCUUAUAUUUGGAUAGUGCCUCCACAGUAUAUGGUACCUCCUUAUGGGGCUUCAUACCCAGGAUAUUAUUAUCAUGAGCAAGUUUAUGGGAAUCCUGGAGUUUCGAUGGCUGGUACCUCUUUUAGCAUAGCUACGCCUGCUGAGUCAUCAGGAAACACAGAUGGAGGCUUCAUGAAGAAGGAGUCCAGCGAUUCUCAAGGGUUUGCAGUUCCAAUCAGGAAUGGAAAUGCUGAAAGUGGUGGACAUGGACUAGAUCUCAGACUGUCGGAAAGUGAGGUGACUGACAAUCCCGUUGACAGAACAAAUGGAGUUACAGCAAAGGCUGGUCGGAGUUGCAUGAAGAGAAAUAGAGAAGAAUCUCCCAAGAGUGAAACAAAAGGUGGCAAGAACCAGAAGAAAGGGAGUGCUGAUGUUGGUCAAGGUUAUGAAAGUAUGAAACAGGCGUCUAGUCCCACAUAUACACCAGUAAAAACAAUAGAAAAUGCAAGUACUGUUCCGGGAUUGAAGGAUCCUUCUAUUCUGGACGUGAAGCCUGUGAAAACUUAUAAUCCGCGGUCAUCGAUUGCAAAUGAAGCCCAAAUGCAGGGUACACCGGAGCAACCAGAGUUGAAAUCGGAGAAGAGGAAACAGUCAAAUCGAGAAUCUGCUAGAAGAUCAAGGUUGAGAAAACAGGCUGAGGCUGAGAAAAUUGCCACCAAAGUUCAGACACUAAUUGCUGAGAAUAAGACCCUGGAAUCCGAGUUAGAUGAUCUCAUGAAGUCCUCCGAGAAACUAGAGCUUGAAAAUGUCACACUAUUGGAGAAACUAAAAGAUGCUCGACCAGGAGAAGUAAACUUCCUCAAGAUUGAUCGUAUGAGGUCACAACCAGUUGACACGGUGAACCUACUUGCAACGGAGAGAACUGAUGAGGAUGGUGAUUCGUACGAGCAGAGAAGCCCGGUAGCAAAGCUUCAUCAGCUGCUCGAUGCUGCUGUUGCUGCUGCUGGUUGAUUUACCUUUCUCGUCUUCACGAUUGUUUCUUAGUUGAUCCUGUAAUCUAUUCACACUACUGAAUGGUUAUGACUUGCUAUUAUUUUGAGUGACUGAAACAAUCACAGCUCUUUCACACAA